AUGAUUAUUUUAUAUAAAUAUAAAUUUUUAAUAAAAAAUAAUAAAAUAAAUUUAAAUUCAAUUUUAAAUUUGAAAUUUAAAAUGUAUAAUAUUAAUAUACAAAUAUUAAAUAAUAAAAUAUUAGAAUAUAUUAAUAAAUAUAAAAUAAAUUUAUUUAUAAUUUAUAUUUAUUCUGAUAAAACUUUUAAAAUUUUAUAUAAUUAUACUAUAUUUUAUUUAUAUAAAAAAUUUAAUAAAUUAAAUAUAAAAAUUUUCAUAUAUAAAAUAUUAUUAUAUAAAAAAAUACAAUUAUUUUAUUAUAAUAUAUAUCAAUUAAUAUAUAUUAUAUAUAAUAAUGUAAAAAAAUAUUUUAAAAAAAAUAAAAAUAAAUAA